CGGAGUGAAGAGGACUCCCAGAGCGCACAAGCAUUUCCGCAGCCUCCCUCCUUCGGCGGAGCAUCCCCCGCAGCGACGGCGGAGCGUAAAGGGUGAUGUCAUUGUCUUCUUGCUCCGUCGCUGAAUCCGGGAGAGGAGAGAGAUGGCACUGCCGGUGGUGAAGUUAGGAACCCUCGCCGUGAAAACCUUCAGCAAACCCAUCGCCAAUCGCAUCAAGAAACAAGCCACCCAUCACCCCAAGUUCAGACAGUUCAUCAUCAAUCUUGCCCAGGCAAAUCACAGGUUCACCACACAAAUUCAAAGGCGCAUUUACGGUCGCGCAACCGAUGUUGCCAUACGGCCUCUGAAUGAAGAGAAGGCUGUCCAGGCUGCUGCUGAUCUUGCUGGUGAACUGUUUGUGUUCUCGGUGGCUGGAGCAGCUCUUAUAUUCGAAGUCCAAAGAAGUUCUAGAUCAGAGGCAAGAAAAGAGGAGUUGCGCAGACAGGAACUAGAGGCAAUGAAAAGGAGAGAUGAAGAAUUAGCUAGAGAAGUUGAGCUACUUAGACAGAGAGUUGAAGAACUGGAUCGACUUGCCAAUGGACGUGGACUUACUGGUAUAAUGCAAACACGCACAACCCACAACCGUAAAUGAGAGUACAGGACCAUCUUGAUCUCUGUACUUAUAGAUCACACUAUAACUGACCAAUUUUGUGAACUCAAAUAUAGAACGGCUAUCAGUUGGCUGGAGCCUUGAUUUUUUUCACUAAUUGGGUCAAGCAGAUUAAACUACAUUGUACCCAAAUACAGAAUCUGUGAAGCAUGAUUUGAAUAAUUUACUUGUUUCCUUUGGCUAAUA